GUUUAAGAACCUCCAAAAUCCCCUCCUCUGUUUUUCCCUUCAUCGGAUCUCCCCCCUCCUCUGCUCUCUCUCUCUCUCUCUCUCUCUCUCUCUCUCCUGCAAAUUCUGACCCUUUCAAAUCCCAUCUUCCACUUCCACAUCCCAGAUUUUUUUACAGAUUAAUGACAAUUGAAGAUUUUUAUGUGUUCUGUCAUUUUAUAUAAUUGUGUGUGCCCGACGUCUAAUAUAUUUCUGUACAUAUUCGUCUUCUAUAUCCAUUUUGAGCUGAAACCAACAUUAAAAAAAAAAAAAAAAAACAGCAAUGUCUGCGGCUACGGAGCUUCGUUCGCCGGCCAAACCGGCUUCAGACACCCGGUCGAUACUCGGGCCGGGUGGAAACAGAGUCGUCAAGGUUUCGGAAGAAGCGAAAGGGAAAAAGGAGGGUCUGAAGAAGAAGAAGAAGCCGAGUAGCGAGUUGGUUUCAGAAACGCCCAGGGAAGUUCUCCGGAAGAAUUCUUCUUUCGACAGCGUUCCCUCGUCCGACGCGUCGUCGAUCGGUGGUGGUGGUGGUGGUGGGUCGUCUGUGAAGAUGGCGAGUUUGAAAACGACGAAAAGGACUGUGAAGAGCGAUAGUAAUGGGGUGAAGAAGUCUGUGAAGGUUGAUGUUGCCGAUGGGGUUGGUUUGGUGAUGGGUUCUCCGGUGAUUGAGGGUCCGGUGAAGCGGUGCGAUUGGAUCACACCACACUCCGACCCUCUAUAUACUGCUUUCCACGACGAAGAAUGGGGGGUUCCGGUUCUUCAUGAUGAUAGAAAGCUAUUUGAGCUCCUCGUUUUAUCACAAGCAUUAGCAGAAUUCACCUGGCCGGCAAUUCUUAGCAGGCGAGACAUAUUCAGGAAGCUCUUCGACAAUUUUGACCCAUCAUCCGUAGCGAAGUUCGCAGAAAUUGAGUUGCUUCCAUUGAGAUCGAAUUUGCUGCUCUCUGAACAAAAGCUUCGGGCAGUUGUCGAAAAUGCUAAGCAGACGCUUAAGAUUCAGCAUGAGUUUGGAUCCUUCAGCAACUACUGUUGGAGCUUUGUAAACCACAAGCCAAUAAGAAACGGAUUCCGGUACGCACGCCAAGUCCCGGUCAAGACACCAAAAGCAGAAAUCAUUAGCAAGGACUUGAUGCGGAGAGGUUUCCGAUGCGUUGGGCCUUCUGUGGUCUAUUCGUUCAUGCAAGUCGCGGGGUUGGCUAACGACCAUCUUGUAACUUGCUUCCGAUACCUAGAAUGCAGAGAUAACGCCGAAAAGUACCCGAAACCAAAGAAUGAGGACAUGCCAACUAACGUUGCGUAGAACACGGGCUCAUAUCAUGACUGAAUUUCCCUUAGCUUCAAGAAGUUUUACUAAAUACAGAAUCUGUUCAUACACAGAUAUAGUAAAAUGAUGCGAAAAACGGUGGUUUUCAAACUGUUUGUGUAGUGUUUCUUGUUGUAGAUGUUUUUGCAAAACACUUCAUCUGUUCUUGUUUAUUCUAUCAGAUUUUCUUUACGUCCAAAUAUGUAUGCAUACUGACUCCUCUUCAUUUUGUGUUGUAAGAACCUUCGAUAUUACUAUAAACCCGCAUCCAGGUAUAGAUUUGUUUGGUUACAUUU